AUGGGCGCUAGCUCAGACACGUCAGGGCGUCGUAGGGCUGCCUUCGGCGAAUACGGUGAACUCAGGUUUUCGGGGGAUCGAUGCCAGGUAGAUGGUGCAUGGAAAGAAACAGACCCUCGAGCGGGAUUAGGAUGGUACAAUUUCAAUAUGGAGACAGGGGAAGUACUCUUGGGAACUUGUAAUCUGUGGAGGGGAGUUUCUUCUCUUCCAACAGAGGUGGAGGCUCUGCUAUGGGCAAUGCAAUGUAUGUUACGUCACAACAAGCUUGUAAUGGUAUUUGAAACAGAUUGCUCCGACGUGGUACAGAUGGUUUCUAAACCAGAGGAGUGGCCAGUUUUUGCGCACAGAACGGGAAAAGAGUCUUACGGCAUUUGGUCUGCGCAGAGAAUUGUUAUGAUCGCGAGAAGCCAUCUUCCAGAAACAGCUUAUAAAUUCCUACAAGGUGGGUUUAAGGCGGAGAAUAGAAACGGCGAUAACGAUAAGGAGAUGAGAUGA